AUGUUAAAAAGAGAGUUUUCGCUUCAUCACGUCAACAACGCUAACGAUGAAAAAUCAUCACACAAUAAUGAAGAAACGAACAAUAAGAAGAGAAAAAAGCACAAUGAGAAUGAUGACACCAUAAAUUCGUCCUCUGAUCAUGACCGUAACGUUUCCGAAAAAGUUCAAAGCUCUUCUUGCGCAACUUCAUCAUCAUUCAUACUUUUAUCUCACAUUGCUGAUGAUUUAAUACUUCAUCUUGUGUGUGAGUUUUUAGAAAAUGAUCAUCGGACACAAUUUUCAUUACUCUCCUCAUGUUCCAGAUUUAGAAAUAUCAUCUUGCACCAAUCGAGCUUUCCGAUGCAUGCCAUACGAGCCUUACUUCAACUGCGUGAUUUUAUGCAAGCUCCCGAAUUCAAUCAUCAACAACAACAAGAACAAGCACCACCGAUCUGUCAUCCCAAUGAUUUUGCUUUGGGAUUCUUGUAUCGGUUAGAAGGAGCACUCAGACAUCAUACCUAUGGAUUUUAUUUACAAGAACCAAGUCAUCGCAUAGAAGAGUUGCUCCAAGAAAAAUCGAGUCAUUCCACUAUGGAACCGUCCUAUAAGGAUGGCCUGAAGAAGUGGUUAAAGAAUAGUCAAGAUCCCUCGAUCGAGAAACUAUCAUCAUGGAACGAAGCCUUAUGGGAAAUUGAAGGCUUUCAUUGUGUUCAAGGACACAAUGUUUCGUAUACUUGUUGCGAUGUACUUUUGGUUCAAGAAACAUCAUCAUCAUCAGUACAACCACCUCCAAUUCGUAUGACUCAAUAUUACUUUUAUUUCGUGAAUGAAGAUGGCUAUAAUUUGAUCCGAUACCAUCUGUCUUGUGAAAACAAGGUAUUAAUAUCCAUUAAGGGAACCUUUAAAGAUUCAUAUUGUGCCGCGUUCAUUCCCGAUUUUGAAGAAUUGAAGAAUCAAACAGUCAUUGGCUCGAAAUUAACUUGUAUGCAAUUUUUGAAUCUUUUACUGAUGGUUGGAGGAAUGACUGACAUUCCAGACAAGAUUUGUGAACUUUUCCAAAAGAAGCUGAUUGCACAUGAAAACCUGUUAAAACUGCUAGAGAAGGAACAGCAAGAACAGUUGGAAGCUGAAAAACAAGCUGCAACAAAAGAAAUGAAUGAAUCUGUACAAGAUCUUUUUGAAAACAACCAUGAAGAAGAAGAAGAAGAAGAAGGCGAAGAAGAAGAAGAGGAAGAUGAGGAUGACGAGGAAGAAGAAGAUGAUUCCGAAAAAGUUAAGGAAAAAUGGUUGUGGGCCAUUCGUGGAAAACCUGGAAAGCAACGUGCAGAUGAAUUAUUGAAACUCGUAAAUCCUCAUAUAUUUCUCGAUCAUCAUCAUCACCGUAACAACAACCAAAGUGUGGCUAGUGCUUUGAACCAAAAAACGAGCACGUUUACUCAAUGCAAACUUGACAUUCUGAGAAUGCUCGUACGAAAAGUUCGAUUCCUUUGCUCUCAACAAGCCGACACUGAUACUGUAUCCAAGCUUGCCUAUUCUCGAACGGAGUCACUUAUUGCAGAACGAAUACUGAGCUGUGGUCCUUAUUAUGAAGAUAGUAUUUUUGAUCGACAUCCCCGCGCUCAAUAUGCCCUUGUUAGGCUUGAGUGUACUUUUAAGGGAGCAUUGAUCACUGAGAAAGAAAGUAAGAAGUCCAUCGUCGAUGUCACGCCAACGUUGUCAUCACCACCUAUACGAGUCGUCUAUUCUUUAGAAUGUUUUUUUGGAACUGAUGGAAGUGUGGAAUUUGCGGAUCUUCAACUGAAGGCCAUUCGUGGUCGUACCACUUUAUCACUCUAUAGCCAAGACUCAGAGAGUACGAACAGUAGUGACUAUGGCUACUCUGUCAAUUAUAAACUCCAAGAAUUUGCUAAAUGGAUUGGAUGGGGCGACAAGGAAAACAUGAAACACAUACUGAAGCCGCAAGCCAUUUUGAGAACCAUGUUAAAAUAUGUCAUGAAACAUGGGAGAGCUUUUCGCCUCAAUCACAAAAUGAAACAAGGAGUGCAAGGAUUCAAAACGACACCUUGGAAGAAAUAUUUAAAUUUGAUGAGUUAUUUGGACUCAAUAGAGAGUACGGGUGAUAUCUUUUGGUAG